UUGUUGUUUUAUCAAAUCCACAUUUCCCCAAUUUCAGUUCUCUCAAGCCUUCUUCUUCUUCUUCGCUUCAGCCAUGGGAACCCUAUCUCUCUCAUCUUCACUCAAACCUUCACUCGUUUCAUCAAGACUCAAUUCAUCUUCAUCUGCCUCUUCUUCUUCAUUCCCAAAACCAAACAGUCUCCACCUCAAACCCACCAAACUCAUUUCACCACCUCUCAGAACAACUUCUCCGUCGCCUCUGAGAUUCGCUAAUGCUUCUUCAAUCGAGAUGUCGCAGACACAGGAAUCAGCUAUUCGCGGAGCUGAAUCUGACGUCAUGGGUCUUCUCCUCAGGGAACGAAUCGUCUUCCUCGGUAGCGGUAUCGACGAUUUCGUAGCUGAUGCUAUCAUGAGUCAGUUGCUGCUUUUAGAUGCUAAAGACCCUAAGAAAGAUAUCAAACUCUUUAUCAAUUCCCCUGGUGGUUCCCUCAGUGCAACCAUGGCUAUAUACGAUGUGGUUCAACUUGUGAGAGCUGAUGUUUCGACGAUUGCUCUUGGAAUCGCUGCAUCAACAGCUUCGAUUAUUCUCGGUGCUGGAACUAAAGGUAAGCGUUUUGCUAUGCCCAACACGAGGAUAAUGAUUCAUCAACCUCUUGGAGGUGCGAGCGGUCAAGCUAUAGAUGUUGAGAUCCAAGCUAAGGAAGUUAUGCAUAACAAGAACAAUGUCACCAGCAUUAUCGCGGGAUGUACCAGCCGAUCGUUUGAGCAGGUUCUGAAAGAUAUUGAUAGAGACCGGUACAUGUCUCCAAUUGAAGCGGUUGAGUAUGGUUUGAUAGAUGGAGUUAUUGAUGGAGACAGCAUUAUUCCUCUCGAACCUGUUCCUGAUAGAGUGAAACCGAGAGUAAACUACGAGGAGAUUAGCAAGGAUCCGAUGAAAUUCUUGACUCCGGAGAUACCUGAUGACGAGAUUUACUAAAGCCAAGCUCAUCUUGAAUCAGGGAUCUUCCAAUGUGACUCAGACUGGUGGUUUCGAGGACAUAGCUCGAUUACUUCUGCGGUUACUGGUGAUUGGCUUUGCGAAACCGAAGCUGGAGUUACUUACCUUUUGUAAUCUCUCAUAUUUUACUUGUUCAGAAAAUAAUUGUUCUUUAAAUCACUCUGUUUUGAGCAAAAAGACAUAAAAAGAAGCUGUAGUAGAUUUCAUUUACGACAAUCACUUUUCAAGUGUUCUAUGGAUUCAAGAAGUAGCGGUCAGUAUUUCUUUAGUAUUUUCAUA